UUUUACCUCUGUAACGGUCACUCUGCUCACGAAGAAGAAAUUUACUAUUAUAACGUAUACGUCCGCUCUCGGUUACAAAAAUUCGAGAAACUUAACCGUCAAGUGCAUUUACUAGCCUAGCAAAGAUGAGCAAACCAGGCAGUGCUCCUCCGCAGUUCACCUAUGUGCCGCCCCCCUCGGCCCCGCCCUCUUACCAGGAGGCGGUGGGCGGGGUUAAGCCCGUGGGUCCAUACACGCCCGUUGUUGCGCCCGCCACGACGGCGAAUACCACGAUUGUGACCACUGUGGUGCCAAUCAGCCGCACCUCGACGCACAUGAUCUGUCCAUCGUGCCACGCCGAGAUUGAGACGACCACGCGCACGGAGCCCGGAAUGAUUGCCUACUUGUCCGGAUUUUUGAUUGCCCUAUUCGGUUGCUGGCUGGGAUGCUGCCUGAUACCUUGCUGCAUCGACGACUGCAUGGAUGUGCAUCACUCGUGUCCCAACUGCAGGGCAUAUUUGGGGCGCUACCGUCGAUAGGAUGA